CGUGGCCUGAAGACAAGCCACACUUGUCAGGUUGACAGACACUUGGAGGUGAGUAAAGAUGUCGCCACCGACCGAGGGAUGAGACGGUUGGUAAAUGGCGCUGUUUUCACACCAUAACAGCAGGUAUUGCUUCCUCGCUAUAUGGGGAAGAAACUCUGCAGGUGCUUUCCUCGGUCUUCCACUUUCUCCAGGUCUAUAUGUAAGAGAGGAUGAGACACACCAUGCUAGUUUCAGUACAGAGAGCGUUGCGUGUGGAUGGGAAAGCUCUGCAGGACCGAAUAAAUGCAGAUUUCACUAUGAAUUUAGUGUUGCGAAAGGUUUGAGAGGUGACUCACAAACCUGUGUGGGACCCGAGAUAAAGUAAGUGGGUUGAGCUUUGAAGUUAUUUAUAGGAACACUUUUUUACAGCGGUGGGAAGGGUGAGCGUGGGACAACUGCACCUUGUGCGUCGGUAGGUGUGUGUGUGUGUGUGUGUGUGUAAAGGUUCUCUUUACAAUAGUGGAGUAAUGUCUGCCUGCACAUGGAAUGAUAUCGCCCUCCCUCUGUGUGCGUUGUGACACAAGCUUCUCUUUGUGCCGUUUGACACCGACCAAGAGGCCACAGCCGGGCCUCUUGGUCGGUGUCAUUUGAGCGUGCCCCACUAGCAUCGCUGCACUGCGCUCAUCAACAGUUGGAGCUGAUGGCAAAAAAAACAACUGGUAGCCCCGUUAGCCGCCAACGCCACGUUGAGAGCCGCGUGGAGGCAACCGAUAGGCUCCGACUUGGUGUCACCGUUAAAAACACUGAACUUUUGGAUUCCACUGGAUGAAAUGUUGACCGGAGGCAAUGACGUUCUCGCACAUCGAGAUGAUGUUAUUGUCACAUUAUUGAGAGUUUUAAAUCGCUUCAUUCCAUGUGAGAGAAACAGUCAUCGCUGAACCCACAUCCACGGUCAGCCACCACAAAGGAGGCCGGCUCUCCGACCGCUUGGCGUUUGAACCUCGGACUAAAAUGGCCGACACGUUCUGUCUGUGUCUUCUUCUCUCUGCUGACAGAUGAUAGACCCACAAUGCAUGUGAGACAUGACCAACAAGGCCCCCCGGGAUAACGCAAGCAGCACGUGCAGCAUGGAGCCGACAGCCGGCUGCUCGGCCAUUGUUCCAGAGCCAGAACUCUACCGCAGCGUCAUGGCUGUGCUGCCCAGGGAAGCGGACAACCAGCAGCCCCAAGACUGUCUCAACAAAGGCAUGCUGAGGUGGACACUUCAUAAGAAGGUUCAAAACAAUCCUGCGAGCGGCUUAUCUCUGGUGUGGGUGCUGAUAAAAGAGCUGGAAAAGGCUGAGAGAUGGGACUCUCGCAAAAGCAUCAUCCCUCUGCUCCACACACUGAUGUAUGCCAUCAUUCAGACAGCAUACAUUCCAGAUGAACUGUACAAGCGGGUUUACGACUUCUGUAAGAGACUCCUGAUCUACCCCCAUCCCUACUGCACCGUGGGCCUCAGCUACACGAGGCGGAUCAAAACUGAACGCUCCGUUCCAGGUCUGAUGUACCAGAGGAUGGUCACAGCCGAGCAGAGACUAAAAAAUGAGCACUAUCCCUUUCAGGAGAGGGUCUUCGUCCUGGCCGACCCUGAAGUCUUCUCUGGCUCUUUGGGAAAAGUCCUGUCGGGUGAUAUUGAGACGUCCGCCUCAGCUGCAGAUGGAUCUCCGAGUCCCCUCGAUCACAUGUGCCGUGUGGUCCAACACUCCAUACAGGCUGCUUUAGGAGCGGAGCAGUGCCACGGGCCCAAACUGGCUCGAGCGCUGAAGGACAUGGGUCAAGAUGUCGAGUCGCACUUUCAUGAAGUGUUGGCGGCUCUGGAGCAGAGCGCGGAGGAGGGCAGCAGAGGGGAGGGGGGAGCGCUGAGGAGCCGUCUUCAGCGGCUGUACAGCAAGAUCGUCCCGGACGCAGACUCAGAGCCAUUGUCCAGUGGACGACUGUGCGACUCCCCUCUUCCGAACCCAGAGAUGAGCUUCCACAUGUGGACAGAGGAGCUGGAUAUCUGGCGAGUGCUGGCCAGGUGGUUUCGAUCCAGCUCCCUGUUGGACCAGUUCUCCCUCAGCCAGGAGCAGGACGACUUGGAGCUGGGUGAGUCGCCAUCCGACAUGACGCCGUCCGACCUGACGCCGUCCGACCUGACGCCGUCCGACAUGACGCCGUCCGACAUGACGCCGUCCGACAUGACGCCGUCCGACAUGACUCGCUACUCCGUCAUGUCCAACGACAGCGGUAUCGAAAGAGACCUCCCCCACGGCGCCGAUGCCUCCCUGUCGUCAUCUCUGGACUCUGCCGGCAUGAGUGCAUCAUGGGAACAGGGCAAAAGCGAGCAAGAGUCGGGCAGGUUGUCCCGGCGCGGGGGCAUGAAGAUGAAACCGUCGGUGAAGGACAGCAUGGUGCUGAUGCAGGACACCCUGGAGCAAGACACGAGCCUCGGCGGAGGAGGAGGAGGAGGAGGAGGAGCAGGAGCAGGAGGAGCAGGAGGAGGAGGAGGGAGGGGAGGGAGGGGAGGGGCGACUCUACAGAGGCGGGCAGGAAGCAGCGCGAUGCAGAACCCCUUUUUCAAGCAGCAGAGACACUUUACUGCCAGGAUAGUCGCCAUGGGAGACGACAGGGUGCUGGGUCGCCUGGCCAAGGCCUACUUCUGCUUCAGGAAAAGGGAAGCACGGAGGCGUUUUCUCACAAUGAAAGUAAACCUCCAGUUUUACUACAUCCCUGUUUGCCAGGCAACAGCUCCCAUCUCCUCGAUCAAGGAAAACCUUGAUCAAUCCAAGGAAAAUCUCUGCACUCUUGGUUCCUACUUGAGCAUGGUGGACCCGUGGUACAACUCCAACAUCAAGAGUUUAGGCAGCAUGAUCCCCAAACUGGCGAAGAUGAUGAACCCGGCGAGGCCAAAGGAGCCCUUUGUGCCCGAUGUCAUUUCCUACUACGUUCGGACCGGCCAGCAGCCUGUCUACUUCACCAUCUACUUUGUUAAGAUCACUUUCACCAACAUGAAAAAGGUUCCCGUGGAAGACGUGUUUCUCACCCAUCUGGAAAUGGAGUUGCCGGAGUUCAGACUGAUCUCAGCGUCACCUAGAGAUAAGCAGAAGAAGAGUUUGGGAGAGGUGUGCGGGGCGGUUGUCUCCUUGAAUUACAGAAAGGUGACAUUGAGUGGCCGAGACUUUGACAAAGGAAUGUCGGUCAGGAUGUCAGGUGCUCAGAUCUCUGCUAUUCCCUCCAAUGAGGCAGAAGAUCUGAACUGUUUGACCAUGACACUGAAUGAAUCUCCAACAAAAAGCAAAAACAGCGCUGUGGACUCAAAGAUUCGGUCCAACAACAUUAAGAUUCGCACGUUGGAGAGUCGCCCGUUCACUGUGACGCUGGACAGAGAUUGUCGCAGGAGCUACACAGAUGUGCAGAGCAUCGAGAUCUCCCCGUGUCUCGAUCCCGGAUACUGCGUCCAGAAAACCAUUCGUUCCAAAUUCAAGUUGGGAGAGGACAAAGACGCCGGACUGAGCAAAUACAUGAACAAAGGACUCCCGCUACCCAUCAACACAUUCGCCGGCAUCAUCACCUGACGUGGCGCAGCGGCCCUGCAGAGAAACUUGAGAAUUAGCACCGUCAGCGCUGUGCUUUGACAGUCUGCCACGCGGACGGACAGAAGGCCUUCGAGGCGCACUGAGCUGCUCCUGGAAACAACCAAUCGGUUCCCUCCGCCGGGUUUGACUGGCAUGAACGAAAAAAGACUAUGAAUCAAAGCAACACAUGCAUACUAGUGUUACCUCUUGUAGUUGAUGGAAGAAGUUUCUUUUGACAGUAACGGAAACAAAGUUGCAUCACACAGCGGGGUUAUUGUUGGACUCCGAACAGUGUUUCUACUACUGUUAUAUAUAUUAUAUAUUUUCUGUAAAUCUACACAGUGUGGAUUGCCAAAGAACAAUACUGCCUGUAACACUAGAGGGACCGGCAGUAAGAUAAAGGUAUACAUUUAAGAAUUCAGGACUACUGAUAAUUGGAUCACUAAUCAUGUGACCUCUGACCUCCAUCCACUCACUGCCGUGUCGUGCGUGUGUUCGGUGAUGCGUAAAUGUCCUAAACUGAAUCUAAUUUGCACUAUAGCUCCAGGUUUUGUAUCCUUUUUUAAGGGAGCAAUGGUGUGUAGGGCAUGUAAUAUGAUUACAUGCGUUAUUGCGUCAUUAGUAUACGCGGCGUAAAUAUGGAAAAGAUCAAGACAUUGUUUUUGUCACAGAAUUAUUAGACUACAUACCCAAGAAAGUGUUUUUGAUGCCGCCCCCCUCCCCUCCCUUGGGUAUGAUCUCAGGCAGUAAAGGUCAACCGCCUCUUAAACUGGAUGUGAUGUAUUAUUGAGCACACAACUUAAAAUCGUGUGUGUGUGUGUGUGUGUGUGUGUGUGUGUGUAUGUAUGUAUGUAUGUAUGUGUGUGUGUGUGUGUGUGUGUCUGUGUGUGUGUGUGUGUGUGUGUGUGUGUGUCUCUGUCUCUCUGCUAGCCCGGCAGGGUAAAAAUCAUGAAAUUGAUGAUACAUUUUGCACAUAAUUUUUUUUGAGGACGGCAUUAAAAAUCAAAAUGUAAUUGUGUAAAUACAUGACUUAGCUUUGUAAAACAUUGUUGGUGUUUUAUAAUAAAUGUGGUAAAUCUCA